AUGGCUGAUAAGCAGAUCAGUCUGCCAGCCAAGCUCAUCAAUGGCGGCAUCGCUGGGCUGAUUGGGGUCACCUGCGUGUUCCCCAUAGACCUGGCCAAGACGAGGCUGCAGAACCAGCAGAAUGGCCAGCGCAUGUACACCAGCAUGUCUGACUGCCUCAUCAAGACCAUCCGCUCAGAGGGCUACUUUGGCAUGUACCGCGGAGCCGCUGUGAACCUGACCCUUGUCACCCCAGAGAAGGCCAUCAAGCUGGCUGCUAACGACUUCUUCCGAUAUCAGCUCUCCAAGGACGGGCAGAAGCUGACUCUGCUUCAGGAGAUGCAGGCCGGCUGCGGGGCCGGCACGUGCCAGGUGAUUGUGACCACUCCCAUGGAGAUGCUGAAGAUCCAGCUUCAGGACGCAGGCCGAAUUGCUGCCCAGAAGAAGUUACUGGAUGCUCAGGCCCAGCUGUCGGCCCAGGGGGGCCCCCCGCCCUCCAUGGAGGCUCCGGCUGCCCCCCGGCCCACAGCUACCCAGCUGACCCGGGACCUGCUUCGGAGCCGGGGCAUCGCCGGCCUCUACAAGGGACUGGGGGCCACACUGCUCAGGGACGUCCCCUUCUCCAUUGUGUACUUCCCGCUCUUUGCCAACCUGAACCAGCUGGGCUGUCCCUCAUCCGGGGAGAAGUCUCCUUUCUAUGUGUCGUUUCUGGCUGGCUGUGUGGCUGGGAGUGCGGCCGCUGUGGCCGUCAACCCUUGUGAUGUGGUGAAGACAAGACUUCAGUCGCUGCAGCGCGGUGUCAACGAGGACACCUACACGGGGUUCCUGGACUGUGCCAGGAAGAUCCUGAAGCAUGAGGGCCCCGCGGCCUUCCUGAAGGGUGCCUACUGCCGUGCCCUGGUCAUCGCCCCGCUGUUCGGCAUCGCUCAAGUGGUCUACUUCCUGGGCAUCGCUGAGACCCUGCUGGAGCUGCUACAGCGACCCCAGCACUGA